UCGCGCCGGGAGAAGCAUACCUGCCGCUUCCUCCGCCGUCCGGUGCACCUGGCUGCAGGGGACCUCGUUCAGACGGAGGACGGCGACAGCUCCGCGGGGUUGAGACGGGCGCGCGCCGUCCCGCGCACGGCCUCCCGGCGCAACGCAGGACGCUUUGGCGACUUCUUCUCCGACCUGCUCCCCCACCCCCACCGCCGCCCGCCUCCAGCCCGGCCAGGGAAAGGUGGGACGGCUCCGGCUCUAGUUACGGAAGCGGCCGGUACCCGGCGAGGAGGGUUCGAAAAUGCCCCGCGCGUUUCUGGUGAAGAAGCCGUGCGUCUCCACGUGCAGGAGGAACUGGAGCGAGCUCCCCGACGAGGAGCGCGGCGAGAUCUACGUGCCAGUCAGCCUAGGCUUCUGCCCACCACAGCCCUACAGGGAGCCAGAGCCAUCAGUGGCCGAACCCCCUUCUUGCCCCCUGGCUUUGGACAUGAGCCUUCGGGACUCCAGCUAUAGUGUGACCCCAGGGCCCUGCGUGGUGGCCCAGCUGCCCUCCGAAGACACGAGCCGCCUGGCAGACCCACAGAGCAGGGACCAUGGCUUCCUGCGCACCAAGAUGAAGGUGACCCUAGGGGACACUCCCAGUGGAGACCUCUUCACCUGCCACAUCUGCCAGAAGGCCUUCACGUACCAGCGCAUGCUGAAUCGCCACAUGAAGUGUCACAACGACAUCAAGAGGCACCUCUGCACUUACUGCGGGAAGGGCUUCAAUGACACCUUCGACCUGAAGAGACACGUGCGCACCCACACUGGCGUGCGGCCCUACAAAUGCAGCCUGUGUGACAAGGCCUUCACACAGCGCUGCUCUCUGGAGUCUCAUCUCAAGAAGAUCCACGGCGUGCAGCAGAAGUACGCGUACAAGGAGCGGCGGGCCAAGCUGUACGUGUGCGAGGAGUGCGGCUGCACGUCCGAGAGCCAGGAGGGCCACGUCCUGCACCUGAAGGAGCACCACCCUGACAGCCCGCUGCUGCGCAAGACCUCCAAGAAGGUGGCCGUGGCCCUGCAGGACACCGUCACCUCCCUGCUGCAGAGCAGUCACCACCUCUGAGCAGCGGCGCCCCGGCCUGGGCAGCCCGGAGAAGGCGAGGGCCGCCUCCCUGCGCCCCCGGACAGCCCGCCCUCUGCGGCCUCCUGCCGGACAGCCCGCCCUCUGCGGCCUCCUGCCGGAACGCUGGUGACCAGGCGUGGAGCCCGCGGGCACGCGUGCUCGCUCAGGCCGGCGCUGACCUCUGCUCGCAUUUGCGUCGGUGUCUGGGGGGCAGAGGCCGCUCUGAGCCUGGGCAGACAUGUGUAACUGUGGGGCAGGGUGGGGCGGGCCAGGGCUGCCUUCGAUUUGAAGCAGCUCGGGUCCAGAGACAGGACUUCCUUCCCAGAGGAGGUACGUGAGGGCGAUCCUGUUGUCCUCUGCUUCCGGAGCAGCGGGGGGAUGGGGGGCUGCUGGUCCCCCGCGGAUGGCAGAGUCAGGUGCCCCGGCAGAGGGCACCCCUGCAAACAACAGCCGUGCAGGAGUUGGCGGCGGCCCGCCCGGCCAUGUUUCUCGCGGUCAGGGCUGCAGGGGCGCUGCAGGGCGCCGCUCUUCGACAGGGAGAUGCACGCGUGUGCACAGCCGUGGAUGUGCGCGCAUGCGGGAGGCCUUGCCAUAUAUCACCUCAUUUUUAAGAAACCAACUACAAGGUGCCAAGGAGGUUUUAUUUCCUUUUUUAAAAGAUGACAUAUGUACAGAUAGUAAUAUAUUUUUGGUCCUGAUGGCGACUAUUUUAAGAGAGGGUGGAGCUGGCUUUUCUCCUCCCCACGCAGUUCUAUUUAUCCU